AGUGUGGCCCCAGAAGUGCCACCUGUCAGUGCUCAUCAGUGCCGCGUGGCAGUGCCCAUCAGUGCCACCCAUCAGUGCCAGUCAGUGCCACCUAUUAAUGCCAAUCAGUGCCACCUAUCAGUGCUGCCAAUCAGUGCCACCUAUCAGUGUCAGUCAGUGCCGCCUUUCAGUGCCGCCUAUCAGUGCCAGUCAGUGCCACCUAUCAGUGCCAGUCAGUGCCGCCUAUCAGUGCCAGUCAGUGCCGCCUAUCAGUGCCAGUCAGUG